CAGAAGAAAUAUUAACCCCCACCCCCCACCACAAUCGACCAAAAUGGAGUAAUGCCGAAGGCAGUACUAGAUGAGAAUUCGUGUAAUGUAAUUCAUUAUUCGAGCAGACAUUAUUCCAUCGCAAGGGAAUUUUAGACUUUGAGAUACCGCAGACACCAUUUUUGUUCCUGUCGUCAAGCUUUCUGCAAGGAACAGAUAAUAAUGGAGCCAUCGGAGCAAUCAGGCCCAGACUCAGGUUCUCAGGAUGUUAACCCAGUGUUUCUGCAGCAGCUCAGAGAGCUGGACAUCCCAGAGGAGGCGGCCAAACAGGCACUCUUGCAUACUCGGAAUGUGUCUGCCGAGGAAGCGGCCAUGUACUACUUCAACAAGCUGGAGAAUGAGGAGGAGGGUGAUGAUGACCUCAUUUACAAGAUGGUGUUUGUGGUGAAUAUGGACCUUGCCAUGGGCAUUGGGAAGGUGGCUGCUCAGGUUGGUCAUGCUGCUGUGGGCUUGUACCAGGCUCUACAAGAGAAGAACAGCUGGAGGGAGAUGGCCUGGAGGUGGGACCACAGUGGGGCCAAGAAGGUGGUGGUCCAGGGCACCAAUGUGGCUCAUCUGCUGGAAUUGCAGGCCCUGGCCAUGAGCCUCAGUCUGCCCACAUAUCUUGUCCAAGAUGCGGGACUUACCCAGGUGGAGUCUGGGUCCCGCACUGUCCUGGCAAUCAUGGGGGAAGAAGAGAUGGUGAAUAAUGUCACUGGCAGUCUGAAGCUGCUCUAAACGGCUUCUAACUACAGCUUGGGAAAGGCAUGGCUCUGCAGUGUCACAACGAUGCCAGCAGAGGACAGCAUUUCCCAGCAGUAGGGAGAGUCUUGGACUUGACUCUCCCUGAAACAUGUUCCUCCCCACCAGAAAACAAACACUCUGCCAUUUGUUUCCCUUUCUGUUCUCUGUAUAAGCUGCUUAGUAGAAAGCAAGAGGAAGAGAGACUGGUUCCUCACUGAAGAAUAGGACAAAGACAGUAGAAAAAAAGUGUGUCCCCCCCACCCCCCAAAAAAUAUGACCUAAAAAGUAACCUGCUUAGAAUGGCUUCAGUAGAAUCUCAGUCAGUAUACACAUGCUUAAUCUGGCCACUUUCAAUGUAUUUCCUGGUUAGCCAAUAUUGUAAAUAUGCUUAUUCAAAGGGCCUUUUAAUGCAGACAAACACAUUUAUGUCAUUAAAGUUCAAACUUAAUCAGAUGUAGUACUUCUGGCGAGUCACUGUUCCUCAGUGAGGGUGAUCUAUUAUCUAAUAUGUGAACACUCUUUUUGAUGAUGUAAUGAUUUUGUGUCUAUAUGCAACUUCUCCCAAAGAUCCCUGAUCUAGAGAGUCACUAAAACCACUUAUUGAUAAACAACUAUAUUUUAUAUACACCUGCUUGUUAGGGCCAUAUUCUGUAGAAUCUGUGGUGUGCCAUCAUAAACAGUAUGCACAGUUACUAGACAUUGAUGUUUUGUUCUUUUCUUUGUGCAAAGGAGGUAAAAAGUUAGGUUUGGAUUUUCUUGUUUGAGUUUGAUGAUGGAAGUUCUGUGAAGCCAAAUUGUCAUGUAAUAAGUUUCCGCACAUUAAUCUCAAUACACAAAAAAUUGUGUGAGCUGUCAUGUUUCCAUGUUGUCACUAAAAAAAAUAUAUAUAUAUAUAUAUAUCUUGAGCAAGUCCAUUCUGUUCCAUUCUGAGCUUAUUACUUAGGAUCUUGUGUAACAACAAUCAUAGAGGGGGCAAGUAGUGUCAUGCAUGCAGUAUUAAUAUUUAUUGAACAGACUGUUGUGAUCCUAUGAUUAUGUCAUUUUUAGUAAUGUGUCCACACUUUGAUAACACCUGUCUUAUAAAUGGAUUUGUGUAAGUGCUUCAGAUUAUAAGGACAAUUAAAACAACAACAACAACCUCCAAAUGAA